UUCAGCCCAGCCCACCCGCCUGCAAACCCUUCUCCUUCCUUCCUCUCUCGACCUCGCUCUCGCUCACCCUCGCCGCCUCUCGCUCUCUGCCUCUUCUCUUUUGCUCGUCCACUCGCGCUCGCGCUCGCCCUCUCCCUCUGCCUAUCUCUGGCUCUCGCUCGCCCUCGCUGCCUCUCGCCUUCCGGCCCUCGCUGCCUUUCUCUUGCUCUCGCUAGCCCUCGCUGCCUCUCGCCCUCGGCCCCUCGCUUUCUGCCUGACUGCCUCUCUCUUGCUCUCGCCCGCCCUCGCCCUCGCCCUCGCCCUCGCCCUCGCCCUCGCUCUCGCUUGCUGCCUCUGAUUCAGGUUUUCGUUUUACCCCCCAAACUUCCAGUCUCCACAUCUGCUUCAUUCGAGUCCGGAUCUGUAUUACUGUCAUGGAGGAGCAGUUUAUACUCAGGGUUCCACCUUCAGUUGCUGAGCGGAUAGAGCGCCUUCUGAAUGAGAAUGCUGCUUCUUCAGAAGAUAAGUCACUGGAUUUAUCUUUCUCUGAGGAUGGGAGAACUGGCACAUUUGUCAUAGGCAAUGAUCAUUUCCCCGCAUCGCUCUUGGAUCUUCCUUGCAUUGUGGAGUCAUACAAAACUUAUGAUGAUAGCGUGCUGAUCAAAACUGCAGACAUUGGUCAAAUGAUUAUGGUGAGGGAAGAGAGUGAUCCUGCACCAGAUGUGGUAGAGUAUAGACAUGGCCUCACCCCUCCAAUGAGAGAUGCUCGAAGGCGAAGAUUUCGCCGGGAACCAGACCUGAACCCUGAGCUUGUGCAGCGUGUGGAAAAAGAUCUGCUGAACAUCAUGGCUGGUGGAACGGCUGAUGGUGAAGAUGGGGAAGAAAAUGCUCGCAGUACAAGCAAGAAAGCUGCUCCUGCUCGUGCUGCAAAAUCUGGCGUUCAGGAGCCUGGAGGACACGGGGCGGACCCUGACAGAACCGACUCCGAGUCCGAUGAUUCCAUGUAACACAGCAGUCCCUUAUAGAACUUCUGUAAAUACCACUGAAACCCCUCAUUCUAUCUUAGGCUGGAAGGACCAGUGCAGGUAGAAAGUGGACCUGGACCGGAUCAUUACUUGUUAGAUCUAGAUCUUAUUGAAUCUGGAUUAGGUCUGGUGUGGAUCGGCACUGGAUAAUUACUUGUUAGGUCUAAAUCCUAUCGGAUCUGGAUGGGAUUUGGUAUGGAUCACAACUGAACCAUUAGUUGUUUGAUCUAGAUCCUCUACCCAAUCUGGCCUGCCCUAGAGGAGCCUAGUGUGGGCACACAUGAGUGAGGUGGUGUACCUUUAAGCAAAUUUUCUGGGACCCUCUCUAUUACUUCACAUGAACCAGCAGCUGCUGUUGCUGCGGUACCAUGGAAUAUGAUGGAUGUAGAAUACUAGUGUAAGUAUACAUUUUUAGUAAAACAUUUAAA